AAAAGCAAUGUUGAUGAUGAUGAAACGCGAGGGAAAUUUGAAGAAACGUAAGAAGAAAAAAAGACGUCAAAAUGGGGGUGGGAGCUUCAAGCCCAAACAUAGCUGGGAAGAAGGUUCCUCUACCUGGGCAUGGCGGAGCAGUAAGAAAACAAUCCAUAGACACGACAGGAAAGCAUGAAGCAUCAGAGUUGUCAGCAAGUGAUGUGAACUCAUAUUUGCUGAAACACCAGGACUUUUACAUUGAAUACUCAGUGGAACAUGUAAGCUCUGCUGUGCUAGAGAAGAUUUUGGAAAAAAGGAGGUGUCAUGAAAAACACAGAACAGAGCAUGGUUAUCGGUGUCCUCUGAUUCAAACACAGUAUUGUGAUGUGAAAUUGUUGAACAAAUGUGAGCACAUCUUAAAACUGAGUGAAGAAUCACAUUUGGACACACACUGCCUCCUAAAUGAAUUGUGCCAUGUUUUAGCUGGAGCCCUGAAAGCGGAUGGUUUCACUUUAUACGUGCCGGAGAAGGACGACACGGAGCUGUGCAUCUACAAUGACAAGAAAGAAAAGAUACCCUUUGGUCCAGUGGGUUUAAACACAACUGUUGCUGCACAUGCUGCCAAAGAACAGCAGACCUUGCUUAUAAAAGACAUUAAAUCAGAUCAGAGGUUUCCCAAAGGGGUUGGCAGAGAAGAUUAUGAUUGCCAUUCUGUGAUCUGUGUGCCGGUCAUCCUACCAUCACAUGACCUUAUAGGAAUCAUGGAGUUCACAAGGGAUGAAACGAAAGAAUCAUUUGGCAAAUGGGAGUUACAAACUGUGAACUCGCUCGUGAGUUGGGUUGUUGUGUCCCUCCAUGAGUUUCAGUUGAACCGAAUACUUACAACACAGACCAAAUUGAAUGACUUCCUGCUGGGUACAACAAGGAUCAUGUUUGAUGACAUGAUGAGUAUUGAUUCACUGAUCCAAAACAUAAUGAUGUACACAAAAGGCCUGGUAAAUGCUGACCGUGCCUCUUUGUUUCUUGUGGAUGAGGAAAAACAGGAGAUGUAUGCAGAUUACUUUGAUGAUGGGAAAGUGGAUGAGCAUGACAGACCUAUUUUUGAGAAGAAGUCACAGAUUAGGUUUUCAAUUAACAGAGGCAUUGCAGGACAUGUUGCUAAGACCGGGCAGUCUGUCAAUAUCCAUGAUGCUUAUAAAGAUCCCCGAUUCAAUGCUGACGUAGACAAAGCUACGGGUUUCGUUACCCGUAGCAUCCUCUGUAUGCCCAUCAUCAGCCGUGGGAAAGUUAUAGGUGUUAUAGAACUGGUGAACAAACGCGAUGGAGAUCACUUUACAGGGGGAGAUGAAAAUGCUUUCAAGACCUUUGCAGUGUAUUGUGCUUUGGCUCUACACUAUUCCAAGUUAUACAGCCUGUUGAAGCAUCAGCAGGACAUGUACAAUGUAGCCUUAGAGUUGCUGAGUUUCCACCAGCAGUGCUCUGAAGAGGAGUAUGUAGAAUUAGUGGCUAAACCAGUUAUGAAACCAGAGGAUUUCCCUCCAAGAGCUGACAAGUUUGAUUUCUACUGUGUGCCUUAUUUACCUCAGCUGCCAGAACUUUUUAUUGGACUUGUGGUUGACUUAUUUGGACAAGUGUUUGAUGUCCAGAAACUAGCCCACUUCAUCCUGACAGUAAGGAAGAACUACCGCCCGGUACAGUACCACAACUGGGUACAUGGCUUCCAUGUGGCUCAGACCGUCUACUGUGUUCUCAAGGUUGCUCCUGGGAUGAUGACAGAUGCUGAAGCCCAAGCAAUGAUAAUAGCUGCCAUCUGUCAUGAUGUAGACCACAGGGGCUUCAACAAUGCCUUCUUCCAGAAGACCCACCAGCCUCUGGCAGCCUUGUAUACCACAUCAGUCAUGGAGCAGCAUCACUACAAGCAAACCGUCACCAUUUUACAGCAACAAGGUAGUGAAAUUUUCAGCCAUCUGUGUGCAGAGGAUUACAAGAUUAUGUUGGAGAGGAUUCAACAAGCCAUCAUUGCCACAGAUCUGGCUCUCUACUUCCCCACUCAGAAGAGACUCUCAGCUAUUCUGGCAGAAGGCCCCAUAAAUCAUGUAACUUGUGAUGACUCUAUAAAAGACCUGAUAAAGAAUCUGACAAUGACAGCAGCUGACUUGUCUGGGGUGUGCAAACCUUGGAGAGUACAACAAGAAACUGCAGAGCUGGUCUAUGAAGAGUUUUAUAUGCAGGGUGAUGAGGAAAAGAAGAGAGGCUUGGAUGUAUUACCGAUGAUGGAUAGGGACAAGAAAGAUGAAAUGCCUAAACAACAGGUCGGCUUCCUACAGUUCGUCUGCACCCCUUGUUACCAAACCCUGUGUGACGCCUUACCAGGCACUCGACCAUUGCUGGACAGCUGCAAGGAAAAUAUGGAGAAUUGGAGAAGGAUUGCUGUAGGGAAUACAAGCUAGAGGUUGACAAGAUCACCAGAUCAGUGAUAACUAUAGUCUUGCCUGGUGUUAAAUAUAUAUUUUAAGAAAUGAUCAUUUAAUUCAAACUAAUGUAUGCAUUCAUAAACACACAAGCGACUUUCACUUUCACCAGCACAUCAGAAACGUGGGCACAACGAGUCAUUUGCGCAGCAUACAUUACUUGCCUUACAACCACAACACCACCUUCACUCCAUCCAUAUCUUAUCACAAUUGGUUCCAUUAAUACACAUGUUCUCAACUCAUAUGACAGUUUUGGCUCUGGCACAAUUUUACUGACAUGUAUGAAGUCGCACAACACUUUCAUGACACUUUCCAAUGGCACUGUAGUGCUACAUCAGUGCUGCAAGAUUUUACUUUCCCUAACAGAAGGUGCAUGCUAAACAUGCAUGUGUCUUAUAUCAUAUACUAGUAUGCAACACAGCUAUAUGUGUAAAUGGAGAUAAAUUCAUAAAUUCAUUUAAAGCUCAAACCAACAAUUUUAGAUGGAUUACACAUGCAGGCUAUUUCUCAAAAGUGUCCAAACUUUAUGAUGGCAUAUGGUAUUCAUGACUGCUUUUCUUACUACGUCGGUUUCUCAAAGCAUGAAUCGCUCUGGUGGUUGUAACUUUUACGACUUAUCAGCAACCUAGUUUUGCACAAGAACUGGAACUCUUUAAUGAAAAAAGGUAAAAAAUGUACUCGUACUGAUGUCGAGAAAACAAUGACAACAUAAGCUUCAACGAAAGGGGGUUAUGUGCGCCAAUACUUCUCAGGUUCAUUUUCUCUAGCGGGUUACUGAAACUUGCAUAAUGUUUUGACAUGUGCCUUUUGACAUGUGCCUAGUCUCUGGGCCAUAUUUGCAGGUUUUUUCUUUGUUACAACCAACCUACAACACCUCAUCAUGUGCUCAAAAUUUGCGACCUACCGGGGAUGUAUAUCUGCUUUGAGAAACUGUGACGUCACAGAUUUUAUGACUUAAGACGGGCCUAAAUCUAUGACUGUCCUACGUCCCUUUUGAGAAACAGCCCAGGAUAUCUUUGGCAUACUCACAAAGCUAGUCAGCAUGUUCACAAACCUUUUCUGCCACAUUGAAUAAUUUCAUGAAAAAUGUAUUAUUUAUGGAGAUCAUUGCAUUACUUGUUAUGUUUUAUUGUUGAAAAUGAAGUAUCUGUACUAAAAAUAUAACUGUGCCUCUGUAAAUAGAAGCUAACCUGUGAUAAACGUUAUGUACAUUUAAUUUACUUUAUAUGAAGAGUCAAAAUAAAAUCUUCACUUGUUAAAAUUGGCUUUUGGAUCUGUGUUGU